AUGGCACCGAAGUCGAAGGGACAGCGUGAGGACCUGAAGCAAGAAGAUGUCUUACAAGCGGUUGUAAUUGCAGAUAGCUUCGAUUUGAGAUUUUCACCAAUAUCAAAGAAGAAACCAAGGACACUGCUGCCUGUAGCCAAUGUCCCCAUGCUGGAGUAUACACUGGAGUUCCUGAGUGCUGCUGGAGUACAAGAUAUAUUCAUAUUCUGCUGUCAUCUUGGUGAACAGAUCCGGUCUCAUAUUCGGAACUCUAAGUGGAGUGAUAGCAGCUCUCCUUGUUCCGUGUCCACAGUACUUUCUGAGGGUUGUUUGUCCAUGGGAGAGGCCCUCCGAGAGAUUGAUGCCAAGUCGAUUAUCCGCAGUGACUUUAUUCUCAUGUUUGGGGAUGUGGUUGCUAAUGUCAAACUACAGGACAUCGUUGAACAGCACAAGAAGAGGAGAGAAAAAGACAAAAAUACUGUAAUGACGAUGGUGAUGAAGAAGACACCACCCACUCACUGUACACGAUGUCAUGAAGAUGACCUUGUCCUCGCUAUUGAACAGCCAUCCAGUCGUGUCCUUCAUUACCAGAAACUGGCCUAUCAGACGAAAGUUGACAUACCAGUGGAGGUGAUCACAGAACACAGUGAUGUCAGUCUACGUUACGACCUCCUGGACUGCCACAUCAGUAUCUGCUCCCCACAGGUGCCCCAGCUCUUCACGGAUAACUUUGACUACCAGACACGCGACGACUUUGUCAAGGGUAUCCUCAUUAACGAGGAGAUCAUGGGAAAUAGUAUUUAUGUGAAUGUAAUUUGUGAAGAGUAUGCAGCAAGGAUCUCCAAUCUUAUCAUGUACGACGCGGUCAGUCAGGACAUCAUGAGUAGAUGGACGUAUCCACUAGUCCCUGAUAAUGGUAACAGUACUGAGUCCACCGUGUCGUACGGCCGACAUAACAUCUACCUUAGUAAAGACAUCACUCUGGCAAGGGGCUGUAAGUUGGAGGAGAAUGUAAUGGUCGGUCGGGGGACGUCUGUAGGAAGUAACACAGUCAUAUCACACUCUAUCAUAGGCAAGAACUGUAAGAUAGGUGAGAAUGUGACGAUACGAGGAGCUUACCUGUGGGACAAUGUUGUGAUAGAGGAUGGCUGUGAUAUAGAGAGUUCUUUACUGUGUGACGAUGUGCUGGUAUACAAUGAUGUCAAACUUCAGGCAGGAAACGUCCUGUCAUGGGGGGUCCGAGUAGGACCUGGUGUGACCAUCCCCAGGGCAACAGUGCUUCAAUCCUCACCUGCCGAGGAUGUCGACGAUUUUGGUGAUGAUUUAGAUCCAACAUGUGAUAAAACAGAUACUGUGGUGGAGAGCUGUCCAGACUUUGGCUCUCGUGGUCAAGCAUACGUGUACAACCCCCCAACAGAGAGUGAUGAUGAGGAAGAUGAGGCCCAGGUUCAGGACGUAUGGGGCCUGGACAACAAAACAGAUGAUGAAGAUGAACUCAGCAGUGUUGCCACUGACGACCAGUCGGACCUGUCAUCUGAAGGAUCACUCCCAGACGAUGAAAAAAUGUUUUACCGAGAAGUACUGGACACGUUAGUCAGAGCUAGAGAAGAAAACAUAAGGACAGAAAACUUGAUUUUAGAGAUUAAUUCAUUAAAACAUGCAUAUAACAUAGACAUACAUGAUCUACAUGGUAUGGUUGUGAAGUCAGUGGUUGACCUGGCUAUGAAAGACAAUCCUGAUCAAAGUGGCCACCAACUCCUCACCAGUAUAAAGACACAUAUGAAGAAGCAUAUGCCGUUAAUAAAGAACUACAUAAAGGGGUCAGAAUCACAGCUGGAUUGUCUACACAUGCUGGAGGAGUUCAGUAUAAUGGAGGAGAGGAUGAGUGCAGUUCUGAUGAAGCUAAUACACUACAUGUAUGAGGAUGUGGACUUACUGUCAGAGCAGGUGAUCAUCCGUUGGCACCAGUCCAUACCGGACGAGGAAGGUCAUGUGGAGGUCAAACAACAGAUGCAACCGUUUAUAAAGUGGCUUCAAGAAGCUGAGGAAGAAUCGUCUGAGGAGGAUAGUGACUGAUAUCACCAUGACAUGGGGAAAAUAAUGGACAUCAUAUAUUAUUAACAUGACAUUAAAUGUCUAAGGCGUACACUAAAAUAGUUAACGAUAUGAUAUCUAGUAAAUAUAGUUGACCUUGGCUAUUUAAACGGCCUUAUGACAUAUUGAUAGAAGAAUUAUCUUCUGAAUAAACAACAAUUGGUUAAAUCAAGCCUGUAUUACAUGUCCUCAUAUAAAACAAUCGUUGAUUGUUAUGUACUAGGUGUCAUGUUAAAUCCUAAAACACAUUACCUGAUGAGGUUGAGGAGAGUCUGGGAAUUGAUUCGUAAUAUUUAUACCUACUAUGGUAUUCACAACACUCAAUCUUAUCUGAAACAAAACAAUUUGUAAUAACUCGUCAGUUUUAAACAAACAUUGCUGUUAAUGAAGUCAACAGUAACAGUAGGGUCUAUGUCUUGUAUAUUUUAUAUACUUUUUACUGACUCUGAUAAUCGUUCCAAACAUUUCAUAUUGAGUGGACAUGUGAUCAAGGUUCUAUGAUAAAAAUUAAUGAUGAUUGCUUGUAUUGUUGAUAUGAAGCUGUAAAGGCUCAGGUGGAGAAGUAUAAUCGUCAAAUGAUUGUUGGAUAAUCUCAGAUUAAUAUUCGAGGUGAGUUCUUCUUGAGGUGUUUGCUUUUCUCCGGAUGCUGAGAUUACUGAUAUUCCUGUGCUAGCAGACAAACUAUUUUAUCCCAUGCCAUUUGCUCUAGAUAACAUAUAAUAGACUUCCUGUAUGAUGUUCACUGAGGUAGCCACCAGCUACUACAGUCAGGCCUCCAAAUGACCCUGGAAGUUCACAGGGUUGUAAGCUCAUGGCCAGCAAACAUACUAAUUGUACAACUAUAAAAUAGUUUGACUCCACGUUCAGGAAGUCCAUAAGUUACCUAUAAUACACUGUACAAUUACUAAUGUCGCCAGUAUUUACUUUGUUGUUUGACUGGGUAAUUGUAUUUAUGGAGUUAAAGGUCAUUGUCAUUUAGCACAGGCUAAAUGGUUGGGCUGAAUUGAUUGUCUAUGAAAUAGAGACAGAUUAAGUGAUCUUAUUUUACUUUUUUGGCCACGAUUCCUUAAGAUCCUUUCAGAUAUAUGCUUGAAAAUAAACAUUCUAAAAUAGAGGAACUAGUUUGUACAAAUAAGCCAAAAGGCCUUGGGUUAAAGUGCUAUAGAAUUGACAUAGUAAUACAAAAAUAUAUGUUGUAAUAAAAGUUCCUCAGUGAUGUAUACAGUUUUAGAUGGAGGUUUUGAUGUCUUGACCUGAUGAUAAACGCCGACCUGGUUACCUGAUCAGAUAUUGCAAUAGAAAUAAAAGGAAAACCAAACUCAU